UCUGUGUCUGAGCGAGCUUUUAAAUUUUAGAAUUUAGUGUACUUGCGUUGCGUGAUAGUAGUACACCGGCCGCUUUAUACGUGUAAUAUUUUAUUAAUAAUAGUGAGCUAACGUGGGCGGUAUCAAAACAAUGGGAUUCUGAGAAAUCAUAUGCUAAAUUUUAUUUUGCUUAUACUAUUGACUGUUUCGUAUUUUAAAACUAUUUUUGUGGUGAAUUUAAGUGAAAGUAUCUAUUAAAAUAUAUAAGCUAAUUAAAAUUGGUGAUAAAGCUUGCUAAAUUAAGCUAAGACAAUGACAGCAUCUACUAUGAUUGAACUGGAGUCCUGGAUAAUUUACCAAUGUGUUUUAAAUGAGUGCCAUGUAUCUAGUUCAUGAGCUGGAAAUAUAGUCGCCGAUUUUCUUUUGCCUCGAGUAUUUUUAAGUUUUCUUCAUGGUAGCCACUUCUAUGGAGGGCGGUGCGUGGUGCGCCCGCGACAUUUCACUGCGCGCGCAGAAAAAGUUCUUAUCGCGAGUCGGUGGCGCUGCCAGCGCACGCUCACUUGUGCUUGACGAGCACGCUGCUAAACUCCUCGAUCAGUUUUUAACCGUUCUCCGACAACGAGUAGAGAAGCGAGAAGCUGAAAAAUUGGUAAAGCACGUAAUCAAGGCGGCCGUGAAGUUGGGAGUACUCCGUCGUCAUGGACAAUUAUCGCCGGCCGAUGACCGCGCUUUAGAUGCCUUCAGAUCUAAGUUUCAUACGGUGUUAAUGGCUAUAGUGUCAUUUUCGGAGGUGGAGUUUUCCUACGACCGAGGUUUUCUACAAGAUGCACUCCGUGACUCACACCAGUCGCUCAAAUCAGUAGUGGAGCGUCACUUGUCCGACAAGUCAGUAUCGCGCUUGGCCGGAAUCUUCGCUCUUGCCUCACGCGAGGAUCUCUUAGACUCUCUCUUCGCCGGACAAAUAGAUGAGGGAGUGCUCAAACUCACCAGAAUGCUCCGGAAAGAACUGGAUAAAGGCUGGCUUUAAGUUUUAUCUUUUGGAAACCUGUGCCGUCCUUUUGGCUACCUUGGCUUCAAAAGCUCAAUGGAUAUGUGGAAGUAGCGACGACUAGGGGAUGUUUCCCUACGUUUGCUUCGUUUGUGGCUUUUAUGGGAUAGACAUUUGUGUUUAACAAGGGAAAGAUGAUGGUUUAAUCUCGCGCGUCGUUCUGAAGAAUUUAAGUUCAGAUAUGCUAGAAAACCAAGUGCGUAAUAUGAGUAUAGACAUUAAUAGAUUAUGGUCUAUAGUCUCACGAGUAAUUAAAAAUGGCUGAGAAAGAAAGUCAUUAAAUUAGUUUUAGGAUGUCUUCUUUUCUAUGGUAAUAUUAGCGAAAGACAAAAUUUAUUUUUCAAUUUAGAAUCCGCUCGAUUAGACAUAUUCUAAAUUUGAAGACCUCAGCACGAAGAAUCUUGAACCACAGAUAAUGUUUUAGGCCAGGACUACAAUUAGUAUUUAAAUAUCUAUUAUCUAUAUUAUAAAAUAAUCCUCUAUGGUUUGUAAUGUGAAGGAGAUUGAUAUUGUAUGAAAAGAGAAUACAUAUCUCUAUUUACCGUCAGUAAUGUAUUGGUGUUGCCAGGCACCUGUUUUUUUUAUUACGUAGUAUUUAAUCGCACUUACAAAAAUAUUUUUUGUUAGUUUGUCAUGACAUCUCUUGAUUUUUCUUUGUGAUAAAUAUGGUCAUAGAUAAUAUUUAUAAAUUUUAUUAUGAAUAUAAAUUUUGGCAAUUGGUUAAAAAAAUAGAAUUAAGACUUUAAUGAGUUUAACAUUUAUUCAUUACUUGAUUUAUUAUAUUUUCCAAUACCAAUAAAAUUAAAAUUGCCAGUUCUCUAUUUUGAGAUGAAUACUCAAUAUUUAUUAAGCGUUAUUUAAUUAUUAGAUGUGAUAAGUUUUUAUUUUUAUUAAUUUUACUAUAAUUAUAAAUGAUCAUUUUGAUAUAUUCUGUUGCUUGCCCAGUAAAGACUCUAAGUAGGUAAAGAAUUUGCAACUGUAUAAUUUAGUUUUUACGUAAUUUUAUUCAUAAAUACUCCAAGAUAUAACGAGACUUAAUUUUUCAAUACGAAUUCGCAAAAUAAUUAUAUUUAAACACUUUUUAAUCAUGUUUUUUUUUGAAUUUUGCCUAACGUAUCUUGCCUAUAAUUUUUUGCAUUAUUGUCAGGCCUCAGCACCUUUUUUGCGUAAAUAUUUUACGAAAAGUUGCCUUAUUUGUUAAUUUAUUUUAUAAUGUAAGUUCUGUAAAUAUAAAUGUUAAGUGUUUCGAAAAUAUCAUGACAAUAUGUAAUAUAUUAUGAUUAAUUUAAGGGAUAUACCAAAAACUUUUUAAAAUUAAUAGAUCCGGUAUUUUAAGAGCAAUAGUACGCACUAAUUUUAUAAACUUUUUCAGAUUUAGACACAGUUUUUGGGAUUUUUGUAGUACGUAACGUUCUGUAUAAUUAUUCUACCUACUUCAAAUGGUUUUAUCUCUUAGUAUUAUAAAAUCAGUCAUGUUAAACAAAUCUUAAGCGUCCGAGCGAAAUGAACCGACCUGGCAGUUAUGGGAACUAACAUAGUUCUUUAUUGCUACGCGCCGUUUAAUUUAUUAGCAUUUUUUAUUUUAUUUUAUAAUAUAUCAAAAUAUAACUGUCAAACUAUAAUGACGUAACUUCUCUGUCAACUUAACAAAAAGGGUAACAUUUUAACGACCUUAAAUCCCACGACGUGUCUCGUUCCGCGCAGACUAACAGGUCCUUUGGGGGCACACACCACAUGUCUUGUGAUCCGUCGAUUAUGACUUGAACAAAUUUAUGUCUCAAUUGAAAAAAUCAAAAUAAACAGCUCCAUAUAAGAAAAUCCCAUUUUAUGUAAAAUACGUACGUUACGCUGCGCCCGAGUUGAUAUCACUAACUUAUCCAUCUCUCAUCAAUGGUUACCUAAGACCAGAAAUGAUUAACUUGAAAUCGAUUAGAACAUAUAGAUCACGUUUUAAUAAAUAGCAUUGUAACUUCCGUUAAUGACGAUAAUUUUAUCCCCGAAGCGUAUUGGAACUACAUAAUUCUUAUCGAAAUACAAAUGUAUAAAAUAGACGCUGAAAAGCUGUCCCAACAGGGGUACACGAGACUUCAAACAGUGAACGCUCCGCCGCCGCAAAACAAAAGGCAUUACAAUUAAACAAGGCCGCACAGACUAUUGUAACACAAGUGACAUGAAUUUUGGUAGACAUGUGUCUUCACUUCGUCGCUUACGUCAUGUUUUCGAAGAAACCUUAAUACCGGUAACGUGAUCUUUCAUACAUUGCUUUAAAAGAAACAGAUAUGUCUCAAUCUGUUCGUUAAAGAUUUUGGUACGUUUGAAGCCUGAAUAUAUUAACCUCCUAAAUAAAAUAGUAAUUUUAAUAAGAUGAAAUAUUAGUUCGAAAUUAUCUAAACAAUCUUUGGACCAACAUUUUAUAAACAUAUCUGGUUUAUUGAUCCAUAUCUUGUAGCAAUAAAUAUAAGUAAUACACACAGCACAAAGCUUGCCACUUAGUUCGCAUUUGUAAAGAUAAGUAAAUAUUAAAUAUGUAUGGAGAAAAGUAAUACAUAUUUUUAUACAAACUAGCUACUUCGGAAGGUCUCUUGCCUCCUUUUUUAGAUUAACAUAAUAAAGAAACCUAUUUAAAACGUACCUAUCAAGUUUUUCCUACCCUCCUGUAAAAUUACGUGUUAUAUAACCUGUUUUUUUUUGUUUUUUCUAACAUGACUUGCUAUCAACAAUCUUUAAAUAUCACUCAUAUACGCUAGCGAAAACUAUUCUAACAACGGAUCAAAUUAAUAUGUAGAUUGUACACUCAAAAAGCUCACUUUUUAUCAACGUAGACCUGUAUACAAUGUAAGAAAUAAAAUGUCCAUUGUGUAUUUAAAUGUGUAACACGCUUCUAUAUGUCAUAUUGGUGUGUGAAAUAUGUCAUAUAUGUGUGUUAAAUAUAUCAUAUAUGUGUGUGAAAUAUGUAAUUUUGAUGUAACAGCUCAUCUAUAACAUAAUUGUUACUUUACGAAUGUAGUAGUAGAUGGAUGUUUGGGGGUUUUAUUUGAAAAUUAUGGCUAGAUUGUAUCAAAGACACGUCCGAUGUUUGAAUGACAAUAUUGAAAUGUGUUAUAUAAACAUAGAGUUUUUAAAAAAAAAUUAAAUGAAGUUGUGUUUCAAACAAUGAGAUUUCUCUGUAUUAUUGCAUUACCAUUAUGAUUCAUUAGAAAUCUUUUUAAAUCAAAUUAUUGUCUGAUGUAUUUUUUGUAUUAUGGCCUCGAAACUCUUGAUAUAUAAACAAUAUAUUAUAA